AAACACCUUAUUAUCUGGUCGUCCUAUUAACAUGAAGGCGAUACUCAGAGAGGCCCACUCGUCACGAUGCUAUUGUCGCUCUUACCCUACCGGAUACAAAAAGCAGUCCUUCUUUAUGAUAGCUCUACCCACAUACAAUGGUGCCAGGAAUCAUUAUUUAAGACGGGACGCCAGUGCGCAAAGCAAGACCUCUCCUUAGCCGUUACCGUCCCAUCACAUCAGUUCUAUCGCCCGGCGACAGGGAAGGAUCGACACAGUCGCGUCGAGCGGUACCAGCUCGAAACCCAUCUUCUCACUGCUCAAAUUGAAACUCUGCAAUCUCACGUCACGGCCUACAUCAACGACCAACCUCCUAACGACCUAAACUACACCCCUAACCCACUUUCUAUUAUCGCGGCCGGACACAGCAGCGAACGAGACGAGAUCAAGUCCUCCUGGGACCUGGCAAAAGAGGUUCAGAAACUGAGGAUGACAAUGGAAGAACUCUUAGCUGUGAUGGGACGGAUGAAGACUGAAUAUGAACAACGUCAACUCUCAAGGCGAAUCAGAUAUCCACCUCGGAUGGACAGAGUUCCUCGGUGAUCAUGUAAUUCCGCAUCGUCACGUAUUGGCGUAGCU